CAGACGACGGUGCUCACCGCGACAAACGUGUAUGCAGACGACGCUGCUCACCGCAACAAACGUGUAGGCAGACAAGGCGCGGGCGCGGGCGCGGGCGCGGAUGCAGCUCAGCUUUCCGUGUUGAGGCGCCACGUGGGUUGUGCGCCACUGCAGCCAUCUGCGCGCGAACCCAUUCGCAGCUUGACACUCGCAUCAGAAGAUCCAGACUCUAGUCAACGCCAGAUGGUAGCCACGCCUCUCACCUCACUACUACACUCGAUUCUCCAACUCAAAAAACUUUCGACGGUCAGCGCUGUGACUACACUUUGUUCAACAUGUCGUCGCAACUCGCCGGAAAGGACGCCGAUGCGUCGGUCGCACCCAAGCUUCACUCUAUUCGCAUCACCCUCUCCUCCAAGAGCGUAGUGCCCCUCGAGAAGGUCUGCAACGACCUCGUCACUCGUGCCAAGGACAAGCAGCUGCGCGUCAAGGGCCCUGUGCGCCUGCCCACCAAGGUCCUGACUCACACCACGCGCAAGUCGCCAUGUGGUGAAGGAUCCAAGACGUGGGACAGGUUCGAGCUGCGCAUCCACAAGCGUCUCAUCGACCUUCACUCUCCCUCCGAGAUUGUCAAGCAGAUUACUUCGAUCUCUCUUGAGCCUGGAGUUGAGGUUGAGGUCACUGUUGCUGCCUAAGUCAGGCUUCCUUGCACAGGCGGUCCAUUAGGCUGCUCCGACUCGAUCAUGUGUCCAAAGCUGCCUGAGCCUCUUGGAUUGAGCCACGAUCACGAACGUCUUCAUGGGCGCACUGUCAUGUCGGGCUUUCUUUCAAACGCUUUGAUUCGCGCAUGUAACCCGACAGCCGUGCUGUAAAUUCAUGCAACACAAAGCCACUGUGAC